CUUUUAUUUUUUUCAUCUCAAGAUGUCUAAAGCGCUAACAAGACGUCUAAUAAACAUCUUUGUGCUUGCGGGGAAUGAGGUAAUCUAUUCCCAGACCCUAAUGGUUUAGGGACCUUAAUACUUACAUACUUGCUAUAUUAUUAAAAAAAGUCAUUUAAAUCAUUUUCACAAUGUGUUUGUACAGAUUAAUGACAUUUUAGUUUUGGAGCUUUACUUAUUAAUUUUGGUCAAGCGAGUCAGAGCGGCGUGUAUGAAAGUAUGAAAAUCACAAACAUCGAAUAAACAAAUCACAAAAUGGAAGGAAAUGUAAAAUAGAAAGUUUAAUUAGGUAUAACUAAUGCUAACGUGCAAUAAAUUAGAUAAAACUUUAGAAGAGUAAACAAAAUAUUAGGCUAGCACAACAAAAUGGGGAAUUUACAGUCACUCAGCUCUACUAAAACAGUGCAAAACAAUAAACUGAAUUCAGAUGAAUUGACUACAAAAUGUUGUGGAAAGAUAAGUUAUAGUAUUGGUAGUGAUUGGUAUCGAUGGGGAAUACACCUAGGCUUAAGCGAUUCAGAUCUUGAUAACAUUGGCUCUAAUAAUAUAAAAAACUAUGAUAAAGCUGUAAAUGUUUUAAAAAAAUGGAAACAACUUAAUGGAAAUGUUUCAUGGGAGCAAUUAAAAAAAGAGUUGAUAUCUUUUGAGCGUUUGGAUAUUGUGAAUAAAAUUGAAAAGGAUUUUAGAGAUUAUUUAUUCAAAACACCUAUAUCGGAAAAAAAAAGCAAUAUUGAAAAAAAUAUUCCGAAAGGUUGUGUAUUCAAGUUUGAUUUUUGCGAUGAUAAAGUUUGUACAAAUGUUGAAUUCCAAUCACACAAUUGCAAUAAUAAUUGGUCAUCUAUCAGUAAUAGGAAGAAUGCAUUUGAGUAUUACCUAACAAAAAAAAAAAAUGCUACAUUAUUCGUGAAAGUAGAAAAUUUAAUGUUUGAGAAUGAAAAAAUUAAUUUUAAGUUUUCAUUUCAAGGCUCAAAAAAAUAUUUUUUUCAACAAGAUAGUUCUGUUAUUAUAACAGGUAAUUGCAAAUAUGAACUAACUUAUAACAGUUUGUAUAUUGCAACACCUGAACCAAUUUUCAAUGACGAAUUUAGUAAAGAUAUAAUAAGAUUAAAUUCUUUGGAUUGGAGAGAUACAAGCAAUAUUCAUUUAAAUAAAGUACCGGAUGAUAAAUCAAUAGAGUUGUGUGCAUUAGAUUAUUUUAAUAGAAAUUUUCCGGAUAGUAAAUAUGUUAUUUAUGUCUCUCCUUCAAUUUCUAAUGAUAGUUUUUUAUUUGUUGUGUCUAAGUUUUUUGAUUUAUUUACUGUAAAUGGAAUAGGCAUUCGUGCAGUGUUACCUAGUUACCGUUUAUGUUAUCAUGCAUCUCUUUUAAAGUGUGGUGUUAAAAAACUUAAGAAUUUUCAAGAUUUAAAUAGAAUAACAAUAUUUUGCUCGGAACUUAAUCUUGUUAUAAUUGCUCGAGUUGUUACUUCAAUGGAUUGCAUUAAACUGGAAUCUGAGAAUUGCCUAAAUGAUGUCAAAUUGUUUCUUAGUGUUAAUCAUCCUCUUACUGAAAAUAAUAAUUUGAUUAUAUUAGGAAUUAUUGUUGUUCCUUUAAAUGAUCGUAAGCAAUUAGAAGAAGAACUAUUUUUUCACUUUUCAGAGAGUUUUCAUUUAGAUCAAAUUUUGUUUCUAUGUAAAGAUGACUUUGAAGAUGAGACUUUUGAAAGUUGGUGGAGAUCAGUUGUGGCAUACUGCAUUAAAAAACUUAAUGCACAAAAUAAAAAUGAAGAAUUAUUUAAAAAACUCAUUGGCUUAACUAUGAUGUCAAUGGCUUUAGUUGACCAUGGUUUUCCAGCAUUAGAAUCUGACACUCAAAAACAGAUACAAUCAUUGAUUCUGAACGUUGAACAAAGAAAUGCAAUCAAUGAUAAAGCACUGAAAAAAAUCAUCAUUGGAGGAUAUGGUUCAGGAAAAUCUAUAGUAGGAAAAGAAAUUGUCAUAAACUGUCUAACACAAAGAACAGAAAAUCCUUUUACUUUGUAUUAUAUUUGUUGUAAUCAUUUCUCUUUGUUUGAAUGCCAUAUGAAGGAGUUUAUUGACAGUAUACAGAAAACCUCGAAUGUUACUGUUGUGUGUGACAAUUUGUAUGAGUUAUGGAAAAACAUGUGUCAGAACAGAAAGAUAUAUAAAAAGUACAUUUCUCUUCCAAUAUUACUAGAUUAUUUGGCUAGCAUCAACAAUAACAAGGUAGGCUUUGUUCUUGAAGAACUUUCUGAAGAGUAUGUAAAAGAAAAAGAUGCACUUCAAAUUAAACAUUUAUUUACAACUGUAUUAAAAGAGUCUUUAGUAGUUUUUAUUCCUGAGAGUAUUUCAAAAAGUAGAGAAAUAAUAACAAAUAAUCAAAAGCAUACACUACAAAGAAACUGCUUUCAAGAAGAAAUAAUUGGAAUGAAGGUUGUAUCUCUCAAUAAAUCAAUGAGAGUAAGUGGAUGUAAUCAAUUAUUAAUAGAUAUUGCUCAAUCAGCUAUUUGUGAAACUAAAACUGUUUUAAACUUUCCGAAUACAAAAACUUUAAGAACAUUACAAAAAGAAGCAAAAUCUGAUCUGCAAUUUCAAAUUCAGCAAAGUUUGUCCACAGUUGAUUUAAGAGACAUCUCUAAAAAUGAAACUAACAUUGAAAGAAGUAAGUCUGCCCUAAACAUUUUAAACAUGAAUUCUAAGGAAAUGACAAUAGGUAGAAAAGGAAAUGACUACAUGACUGUCAAAUUAAAUAAUGAUUCAAAUGAUAAGGCUAAGGUAAAAGAAAAUAAUUAUGUAUCUAUCAAAUCUUUUUACAAUAAUAUUUUAAAUUACAGACAAAAGAAAACAACAAGUAUUACUAAUGACAAAGGUAUAGAAGAAUUUAAAGAUUUUAAUUUAGAGCAGGUAAUUGAAAAUAAAUUUAAAGGUACAACUGUUAAUGAUUUUCACGAUUAUGAUUUAGACUACAUGUCAAAGAUAAUUGCAAAAAAAGCUAACAAUUUUGAUCCAAAUAGUUAUAUGGAGACAAAAUAUGUUUUCAAUUCUAGUAAUAUAGGACAUGCAAUCAAAGGAGAAAAACCCAUGGUUGUAUAUUUACCUUUUUAUGAUAUAUCAGAAAAGCAAUCUGUAAAAAUCUUAUCAAUUGUAUUAGAAAAUCUUUGUUUUAACAAACUAAGAAGAACUGUGGUUAUAUGCAACAACAUGGAAGAAGUGCAAUCUGUUGCAUAUGCAAUAGAUAUAAUUGGAAACUAUAAAGCAAUAACUUAUUCCCCACAUUUGCAGAAGUAUUCCCCACCAUUAGAAACAAAAAUCAAAGUAAAAAAAAAAUUAAGAAGUGAAAUGGACAUACUUGUAACCGACUGCAAAGGAUUUUCAGGAGCGGAAUCUGAAUCUGUUAUUGUUUUUGUGAGCCAAGAAGAGAUUUAUCUUCGACAUGUUCUUGUUGAUGCCAUGUCUAGAUCAAACUCGCAUUUAACAGUUUUAGUCAUAGGUUCUAAUAAUAAUGAAGAGUCCUUAAAUAAAAAUGAAACAAACGGAAAUAUGUUAAAUAAAUGGUCAGAAGACAUCGUUAAAAAAAUUAUUGUUAGAGUGUGCCAUAAUGGAGACCAAAAAUUAUUUGACGAUUUUAUAAUUAAUGAGCAAUGCAAAGAGUUUAUUAAUCGCGGAGCUGAUACUGAUUUUGACACGUACAAGGAAAACUUACAGUUUAAAAUUUUCCAUGAAAAUAACUUUGUUUACGAAGCUAUGGCAUUAGAUUUAUCUAAUGAAGCAAGAAAAGAAUUUAAAAACCAGGAUGUGUCAGAAGUAAGUGAAGCGUUGAAACAAUAUUAUCUUAAAUUAUACGAAGUAAUUGAAGAAGUUCAUGCACCAUUAGAAAAUUAUUUUAAAGUUAAUAAAAAAGAUAAAUUUGUUGAACUCUGUAUUGUUAAUCCAACUGAAUUUAAAAGGAAUGUAGCAUCUUUGGACCGACAACAAUUUUUAGAGAAACAAAGUAAUUAUAAAUCUAUUUCUGUUCAAGAUUUUUCUCUCAGAAAAUACUCGUUAUGCCUAAUAUAUGGUAUUGCUGGCGUUGGUAAAACAAUGUUGCUCAGAAAAUGCUUACUUGAUUGGUCAUAUGAUUUAAUUUGGAAAAAUGUUGAUUUUGUGUUUUAUUUUGAAUGCAAAAAGCUUAAUCAGUGUCAAAAUGUUUCUAGUAUAAAUGAAUUACUAAAUGUUUUCUACUUUGAUAUAUUCAAUAACUUUAAUAUUUAUAAUCAUAACAUAAUGUUUGUCAUAGACGGUUUAGAUGAAUUUCAAUAUUUAAAUGAAUUAAUAAAUAACAGUUCUCAAUGUCAAAUCCCAAUUGUAAAAUUACUAUCAGAUCAUUUGAAUUACAAAUCAAUAAUUGCUGGGAGAAUAAAUGCAGUAUCACAAUAUGAUAAUAAGUAUUCAGAUUGCAAUGAUAAGCUAGCUGUUCGAAUUUUAGGCUUUAACAAUAAUGGAAUUGAUGACUAUUUAGAAAAAAAUGUAAGUGAUGAAGUGAAAGAAACUUUAAAGAGCCUUUUCAAGGAAUCUCCAAUUGCAAAGUCUAUGGCAUCUGUGCCAUUUUAUCUAUCUUCUAUGUGUACAGUUGUCGCUGAAUCAAAUCAAAAAAAUAACUGUUCUUUUGUAAAUAGAACAAACUUGUAUGCUAGUGUAUUUGUUUAUGUUUUGGAAAAACACAUUAACAAAAGUAGUGAAGCAUUUUAUAUGCUGAUGGAAAAUGAAAGUAAAAACCAAUAUAUUUUUAACAUUUGCAAAGUUGCAUACAACUUUUACAUUGAAAGUAAAAAUAUUUUAUCCGAAUAUGAAAUUCAAAAUGUAAUUAGUGGCAAUGUAGAGGAACUAUUUGGUUUUAUAGAAAAGUUGGACACAAUAUUUGGUUGUUAUUAUCAAUUUGUGCACUUUAAGAUAAUGGAGUUUUGUGCCUCUGUGUAUGCAUACAAUUGCUUAAGCGGUAAAGAAAUUAUUGCUAAUAAAAAGCUGCUAAGCUGUCUACCGAUGAUUUAUGGAUUGUCAAGCAAAGAAAUUUCAAACAUUCUUUUUUCAAAACCAAAAGGUCAAACUGCUUUUGUGAGCCUUAUAUCAAAUUUGGUUAAAGAAAAUUCGGAAAAAUUAUCAUUAAUUCAUUUAUUUGAUCUCGUAGAUAAUGAAAAUUUUGUGAGGAUAUUCAUGGAAUGUUUUUAUGAAGGUCAGUUAUCAAUCACUAAUGAAGUAAAAUCUUUAAUCGAUAAACUUCAGUGGGAUAUUUCAAUUGACAACGGAAAAACCUCUUACGAAAUUUCUUGCGAAAACUAUUUUGUUAAUCAUUUUAUAAAUUCAUGUUUAAAGUUACGAUGGUUAAGUGUUCAUAAAAAUGUUUUAAGUAUUGAUGAAAAAAAUCUCAUAAUAAAAAGUUCAGAGAACGUUUCAUUUGUUGGCUUUCAUUGUCCAUGUAAAAUUGAGGGAUGGAAACCGAAACGUAAUAUUGAGGAGUUAAGGAUAAUAAUGUCACGUUAUUUUAUAUCAAAGCAAAACUUUGAAGAAUCGUUUCUUCCGUGGCUUCUUGUUUGUAAAAGACUAUUUCUUGACCUUCACAGAGACAUUGAUUUUAUAACACAGCUAUACGACUGGAUUCGUUUUUCGAAUAUCAAGGAGUUUUCAAUUGUUUUUCGUGGAAAAUGUUAUCAAGACCUUGACGAAUUGAAAUGGGUUAUUAAGUAAAAUGUAAAAAUGUUUAAUAUGUAAACUAAAUUUUUUACUUUUCCAAAAAACAUGAUUAUUAGUUAAUUUUUGUUUAUA